ACAGCAUCUGCACCAUGGCCCCGCCCUUGUCGACCGACGCCAAGCGCCUUCGUACGGUGGUGAUCGCAUUCCCUGUGCUCGUUGUCACAUCUGCCAUCUUGUACCGACGAGCAUUCAUGGGUGAGGAGCAGCGCCGCAUCCCACGCCCUCAGGAGGUCCUCCGCCCCGAGGCAGGACAGGAUAGUAUCCUCCACCAUGGCAAGGCGCUCGGCGGCGCUCCUUGGGUCCGGCAGGGUGAUGAGGAGCAGCGGAGGUAGCUUAGCCGUCUUCCCUCCCUCCCUCCCUCCCUUCCUUCCUCACUCUCAUCCAGCACCACCCCACGGCAUAGUCCCCCAUCAAUAGCUAGUGCGCAUUUUAUAUCUCUAAUCGACGAUAACCCCUGAUAACUUAAGCCUUGGGGAGGACCUUGGUGCCAGGCAGCACGUAGGGGUUUAGCGAGUAGUUGCA